GCGCGGCGGACAUGCGCGGAGCUGCAGCGAACAUGGCGGCUUGCAUCUGCUACAAAGUGAGGAAUCUCCCAUGAAAACAUCCUGUCCACACGUGUCUGCUUAGGUCCCUGAAGAUCUGACUUCACCUGCAGCGGUCAUCAUGGGCCGAACACCACACAGAGAUCAAAAAGAGGAGAAGAAGGAGAGACGAAGCAGCAUCACAGCAGGCUCUGCCCUCGACAAAUCCAACGAACCAUUCAGCUGGGAGGAAUAUCUGAGAGAAACAUCCUCCAUUGCAGCAUCCCCUACCUGCUUCAAACAGUCCAGAGUUCCUCCCUCCAAUGACUUCAAAGCCGGUAUGAAACUGGAGGCGCGGGACCCUCGCAACUCUAACUCGGUGUGCAUCGCCACGGUGAUGGGCAUGAUGGGAACUCGUCUGCGCCUGCGUCUGGACGGCAGCGACAACACCAACGACUUCUGGCGGUUGGUCGACUCGUCGGACAUCCAGCCAAUAGGAACCUGCGAGAGGAACGGAGACAUGCUGCAGCCGCCGCUGGGUUUCAGGAUGAAUGCCUCCUCAUGGCCCAUGUUCCUCCUGCGGACGCUCAGCGGUGCAGAGAUGGCUCCCGCCUCUGCUUUUAAAAAGGAACCAGCCAGCCCUGCUAAGAACUACUUCCAGCCUGGUAUGAAGCUGGAGGCGGUGGACAGGAAGAACCCCUACUUGAUUUGUCCGGCCACGGUGGGGGAGGUCAGAGGUCAGGAGAUCUUCGUCAUGUUUGACGGCUGGCGGGGCGCCUUCGACUACUGGUGUCCGUUCGACUCCAGAGACAUCUUCCCCGUGGGCUGGUGCACCCUGACCAAACACAGCUUGCAGCCUCCUGGAAACUUCUUUACCCUCCCUGGUGCACUCCUCGCCCCGGUUUCUUCCUCCUCAGCUACACGUCGCUCCUCUUUCAACUCCUCCUCCUCCAUGCAGACCUCAUACCGACUGCCCAACCCCUUACCACCCCUCCCCGUUCGCAAGGGUGUCCGAGGUCGUCGUCCCAAAUCCCAGACUAUUGCUUUGUUGAAAGCAGCGGCUGAGGCGGCGGCGGCAGCAGCAGCAGUAAAUGGAGCAUCACAGAGCCCAGCCAGGACGAGCUCGGAGGCUCCGCUGGCCCCCAGACCACACAAGAAGAGAGGGCCCAAGCCGAGGAACAAGAAGAAGACUCGAGUGGUGCAGUCCAUGGAGUCAUCAUCAGUUGCUGCUCCACCUCCAGAGACCAGACUGAGUGCCAGCCAUGUCUCAGUGGACAACAACCUUAGCAACAGCUCCAAUGUGGUUUGUACAGUGUGUGUUUAUGUCAACAAGCACGGUAACUACGGCCCGCAUCUCGACCGUAAACUAGUGCAGCAGCUCCCGGACCACUUCGGUCCCGCUCCGGUCAAUGCAGUUCUGCAGCAGGCUGUCCAGGCCUGUGUGGACUGUACAUACCAGCCCUCUGUGCUGCUGUCCUUUCUACAGAGCCAGUCCCACACAGGAGGAGAGGUCAUCAGAGUGCGGUCAGAACAUGGGAUUCGCUAUGUGAAGCUGCCCUCCGCCUCCAGUGCAUCCUCCGUGCUGCGCUUCCUGGAGAACAUGUGCCAACAUCUGGAGAGUGACAGUCUGUUCAGCUCGCAGCCGUUUAGCCCCUUCAGCAACAACACACGCUUCUACAACAGAGCCAAGUCAGAACCAUUGUCCCACGCAGAAAACGGCCUGUCCAAAGAAGAUUCCUCAAAGGAUCCCACUCCCAGCACUCGUCCCCAUCACACCACAUCCGACUACAGAGCAGCAAAGAGAGAGCGGCCAUAUUACCCCGGACACACGCAGACAACACCUCCACCACUACGACGAGUCAGCUCCAACCCGACAGACCCAAUGUUAAUGCACAGACGAGUGGAGGCAGCCAGUUCAACAACAGGUCCAGACCACGUGAAACAGGACAAGGAGGGUUCACAAAGCAAUGCUUCUUCCUGGUCUGUUGAUGAUGUCAUUCGGUUUGUCCAAGAAGCUGAUCCCCAGACUCUCGGUCCGCAUGUCGAACUGUUCAGGAAGCAUGAGAUCGACGGCAAGGCGCUGAUGCUGCUGCGGAGUGAUGUCAUUAUGAAGUACAUGGGACUGAAGCUGGGCCCGGCGCUCAAACUCUGCCAUCACAUCGAGAAGCUGAAACAGACCAAACAGUAGAGGAUGAAGACUCUCCCUUUUCUCACUGGCAACACACACCAACACGUAUUAUUCUACAGGGAUGCAGUGCAGCGUGAAUCCACCUGAACCAGGGUUGCAGCUACCAAUGAGGACACUGAGGUCAUGUCCCCGGUACUUUUUUGUAAAUUUGGAGUUUUAGCAACAUGGAAAUUGUUUCCAAUUUUUAAUCUCAUACAUGGAUUGGUGGGUUGUAUGAGCUGAGGCCAACAAACAAAUGAAAAAUUUCAGCAUCAUUCCACAGUUUUAUUUCUGACAGUGUGGAGAGGACUUUGAAGGAACAUUUAGACCUUCAUGUUGGUAUAAUUAAACAAUAAUAUGAACAACUGAGUAAUUCAAAUUGUUACCUCGCUAUCUGUAAAAUCUUAGCAGCUGUCCAGACCUGAACACAUUUCUUUUUUCAUUUACACACCACAGUUUCAAACAGAUACAUAGUACACAAAGUCAACACUUGCAUAACUGUAAUUAUUAUCAGAUAUCUAAGCACAGGUAUGAUUUUAGUUCAUGUUUGUGUCUUUUUGCCGUAUUAUAAAAUAACUGGAGGCCAUUAUUUAUCAAUCUUUAUCAAUUUACCUCUAGGUUUCCACUUAUAUACUCAUAGAAGUACACUGUAGGUUCUGCUUCUUUCAUUUUUUUCAAAUGUUCAGCUGUUUUUGUCUCUGGUCAGAAUUUCAGGAUGGACGCUCUGCGCUAAAGACUGGGAAAGUCAGUUCAGGUACUGGCAGUGAACGUCUCACUGCCCCAUUUCUAACAAUGCAAUAACGUUUCUGAAGGACCGCAUCUGUCACGGACUGUCAAAUUUAGUUUAUGCAUGCCAGUGAAUGUAUGAAGUCAUGAGCAUUAUUUCUGAGAGGUACUGAACAUCAGGAGUGCCCCAGUUAUGUGAAUGAAAAGGAACUGAAGGGUUUCAUUCCAAAAUGUUGGAGUAGUGUUGUUUCCUGAAGUCUGUCAUUGCAUAAAUAUUUCUCAUCCUUGUGUCAUCAGACGCUUAAGUUGUUGACAAAGAUCAUGAAUUGACUUUGGCAGAGUGAGCACCAAUUUCAUUUAUUUGGUGGCUGGGUUAUUUUGGAAGAAAACCGUUCAUCACAUGUGAAUCUGCAGAGCAGGCUGUAGAUGGAGGAAAACAGUUACUCAAGAGUUGUUUUUCUUUUAUUUGUCUCUGUAUGCUGGAAGACAUUCAAGCUGAACAGUCUCAGCUUGAGCACUGAUGUGGCUACAUGAUUGUAUUAUGCUUUGACAGUCACACUAUCCAAUGCACACACACACACACACACACACACACACACAUGACACGUACACACACAAUGACUGGAAUACUGUAAGUGUUUUGACAUAAGAAUAAAACCAACGGAAUUGAAGUUUGAGUGCUGUACAGGAAGGUCAGAUGCUCCUUUCUAAGAGAGCACACGAUGGAGAAGCUGUUUUGUACAAAGUUAAGCUAAAAGGUUGUUUUUUUAUAUCAUUUUGUACUGUAACAAAGUGUAUCAACCUGUAUCAAGCGUAAGUGUAAUCAUUUUUUUCUGCCUGAAAUAGUUUUUGUGUGCACCAUCAAAUAACUACCUACAGGAUGAUAUUGUCUCUGAGUAAUUAUUCACGUCUCAAAGUAUUUAUCUGUUUUUGAUGGCAGAAAUAUUCCAUUUUCUGAACAUUUCAGAACCAUUUUCAAACCAAAUCAUGUCUGUUGUAGCUGCAUUUCACACUGUUGCUCUCCUGUAGUGGUAACAAGUUGAUACUUGAAACCGUCUUGCUUUAAUGUGAAACUCAGGUUUUUAGUAAGGGUUGUUUCUUCUUAGAAGAUGGUUUAUGUCAUUAGCAUUUUGUGUUCAUAACUACAACAUAGAGGGACUGCACAAUAAUCAACUGUGUAUUUUUUUAUGCCUUGUCAUCUGUCACUCUGCAGCAUUUCAUGUGUAUAUAUACGACUUUUUACUGUAAGUUCAACUAAAUGUUUGUUAAAUAUGUUUGAUAUGCAUUCACACAAUUAAACAUUUCUUUACAUCA